AUGGUGUUUAGAAGAUCGAGCACGCUUGACCCAGUGUCGCAGGAAUAUCAAUGGCUGAGCCGAAGAUCCCAAACUGUUAAUUUUGAAAGCUCUGAAUUUGUGGACCUGAGAAGUGUUGAGGAGACGGGUGUUGGCGACAGCGAUCAGCUUUCAAAAACAAUGCCUAUUCAGCAGCUGCGAAAUAUCCAACGACAUAAAUCAGAUUUGAUUGAGUACCCUAAACACACUCAACAAGUGAUCAAACGGUCUCAAACUAUUUCCUUUCCCCAAAAUACAUUGGAUUACGAUAUUCAAAUGGUUCCCGAUGUCGAGAGCACCGAUUUGAAUUGUGGGAGUGGUGUUUCUGUCAAAGACUUUUCAGCUGAAGACGUGUAUCUCAAAAAAGAGCUUUCGGAGCCUUUUGAUGAGUCUUUCAUAGUGAUUGAGUCUUCUCAAGGACUAAGUAGAGCUGAUGAAUCUGAUGCCACGCUUGAUGCAGAAGCUACGGAGGUUUGGAAUGAAAAUACAAUCUCGCAAAAGACUCCGGACCUAAACGGCUCAGACACGGAGGAAAAAAGGCAUUCACAAGAACGUUUAGUACAUCACGGCUCUGCUAAGUGUCGAACCAUUGACAAUACCCCAGAUUGUGAUCAAACCUUGACUCCAAAUGGCGAGUUUGAAACCCUCGAUUGCACAGUAACGGCUUCGCCAGAAUUAACUCUUGGGUUUUCGUCAUCCAAUGCAGUCUCUCGUGGACAGACUGAAGAACUCAUUGCAGGAACAACUUCUAAUGAAAAUCUGACGAAGAGUGAAACAGACACCACAGUAUCCAUCGUGGCCUUAGAACCUGGCACUUUUGGUUCCUCCAGCGGCGAGAAUAAAAGUCAACCAGUUCACAAUGAUGAACCUAACGAGUCAGCUGCUACUAAUAGCCCACAGAACUAUUCCUCAAGCUUCUCUGCAACGCAGAUUUUAGAACGCACCGCCAACGUGCACAAAUCCUUGAAACAUCUUAUACUCAAGACAAAUCAAGAAUGUUUCCAGGUGAAUUCCAAAAAAGUACGUUAUCGCGCCGGGCUGUCAAAACUAACAACAGGUUUACCGCAUUUGCAUGAGCGCUUUAAUAAUAGCGAAUAUAAGCCUUCAUGA